CCAUGCCAGACGAAGCCAGACAGCCAGAUUUUUGUUUCGUCGUCGCCGGUCUGCUGCAUGUUUUUCGGUCGUGCAGUGAUCUUUAGUAGCACGCUUGCAUCGCGUAGUUGUUUCGUGGCUCUGCGAGGUUUCAGGAUGUCAGAAAGUGAAUCUAACUCCGUACUUUUCGUCUGUCUCGGGAACAUAUGCCGAUCCCCGAUUGCCGAGGCUGUCUUCAAGCACGUCGCUAAAGAGAGAGGCGUAUUGGAUGACUGGACCGUUGACAGUGCAGCCACCGGCGACUGGCACGUCGGCUGCAAGCCCGACAAGCGUGCCCUCAAGUGCCUCAAAGAUCACGACAUCGACUAUAAGCAUUCUGCCAGGCAGGUGACAACCAAAGACUUCACCCACUUCAAGUACAUCUUUGGCAUGGACGAGGACAACAUCUCGACACUACGCGAACUGGCACCCAAAAACAGCACAGCGAAGAUUGAGCUCUUCGGGAAGUACGACCCCCAAGGGAAGACCAUCAUUCGGGAUCCAUACUACGACGACGGGAGCAAGGGCUUUGAGGAGGCGUAUCAACAGUGCCUGCGCUGCAGCAAUGCCUUCCUGGACGAAGUGGUCAGCUGAGCGUGGUCUCCUUCUUGAGUCGCUUGGGGACGCUGGCGGCGGCCGCCUCCUCCAGGCGACGUCGCUUCUUCUCCAGAUAACUGUGCUCGUUGUCGAACCACUGCUUGUAAAGUCUAGCCAGGCUGUUGCUAUUUCCGUUGGUGACGGCUGGCUUGCCUGCGUGAGCCCAAACGUUUUUGUUAGCCAAAUUCCGUAAAUAAAAUCUUAAAUUUUUUGUGUCA